ACGCACGCACGCACGUAAGGCGCUCUAUCCGUCCCGCACGGACUCGAGGGAUCCGCUCGGAUCCGCCUUCUUCCGAAGGGUGACGUGGUGCUUGCCCACGUCACGCGCGCAACACCGAAGCAGGGAACGCGCCGUCGGUCGACGAUGAGCUGUGGAGCAAUGAGCGACAACGAGGCAGUGCUAACGCAAGUGGCGGCGGCGGUCGGUGGCUGUGUGUGACAGUGGUGAACGGCUGCUCCGCGAUCGAUGCUCUCUCGCACUAGGACACGACCGUGACCGCGUAGACAACGCUCGCGGAUCCCCCCCGUGCUGCGGCGGCUGCUUCUACGGACAUGGAAAAGGUCCAAGAGGUCACGCGAGCCCACGGUGGUGGACUUUGUACGAGGACGAGGGCGAGGGUUAUCCAGCCCCGCGCGGCGUGCAUGCAGACUGACGGGCUACACGGGAUCGGCUACGGCGUACUGAUGAAUGCGCGACAGGCCGUCGUGCUCAUCACCGGGAACCACUGAUUAAACAGACAAUACAAAGGUGGUCAUGACGGAGGAAUGGAGAUUGGAUCAUCGUGCGAGAAAAAGGAUCAAAGAGGUGAAAAAGAAGGCUCGACCAGAGCUUGCGGAUAAAGCAGCAUGGAUCCAGCAUGGCUACUGUAAACAUUUUCAAAAGUUUUGGGAAUUUCAAGACAAUGCCGAACGAAUUGAGGAAUCCAACUUGACUACGGAAGAAUUCGUAGAAAAAUAUGAAAAACCUUACAAACCUGUGAUAAUACGAGGUGUUCAAAAUAGCUGGAGAGCCCAACACAAAUGGACUAUAGAGAGGUUAGCAAAGAAAUAUCGGAAUCAAAAGUUCAAAUGUGGAGAAGACAAUGAAGGAUAUAGUGUAAAAAUGAAGAUGAAGUAUUACGUUCGAUACAUGUUCAAUAAUGAGGAUGAUUCUCCUUUAUACAUUUUUGAUAGCUCGUUUGGUGAACAUCCGAGACGAAAGAAAUUGUUAGAAGAUUAUGUAAUUCCUAAAUAUUUUCGGGAUGAUCUCUUUCAUCAUGCCGGAGAACAUCGAAGACCGCCAUAUCGUUGGUUUGUUAUGGGGCCUGCAAGAUCUGGUACAGGAAUACAUAUAGAUCCAUUGGGUACCAGUGCAUGGAACGCAUUAAUUUCUGGCCAUAAACGUUGGUGUCUGUUUCCUACGCAUACCCCUCGCGAACUUCUGAAAGUAACUGCAACCGAAGGUGGUAAACAGAGGGACGAAGCUAUUACAUGGUUUUCCAUUAUCUAUCCACGCACAAAGCUACCUACUUGGCCAAAAGAUUGUCGCCCAAUAGAGAUUCUGCAGACUCCCGGCGAGACUGUGUUCAUUCCCGGCGGGUGGUGGCACAUCGUAUUAAAUCUUGACGAAACUAUAGCGGUCACCCAGAAUUUCUGUUCGCGUACCAACUUUCCAGUAGUUUGGCAUAAAACGGUACGAGGAAGACCGAAAUUAUCGCGAAAAUGGUUAAAAGUGCUCAACGAUAAAGAACCCGAACUGGCAUCCUUAGCAGAAACUAUUGAUGUAAAAGAAGAUACCGGUGUUGCCAGUGAUUCCUCGAGCGGUUCCUCGAGUAGUUCUUCGAGUAGCACCAGUAGUAGUCAAUCUGAAGAUAGUGAGGAUGAUAGCGGUCAAGAAUCGCUUACCGCGCACAAAAAGAAAAAGAGAAGAAAAUUGACUAAUAAUCAACCCUGACAAUAUCCAAUAUUUGGAAUCUACAGAGACCUCAGACUGUACAGUAUUAACCAACAACUAUUGUUUGUACUAAGAAUAAAUAUUAUAAUUAUUGUAAUUACGAUCAUAUCUUUAUGUUCAUAACAAAAUAAAUAUCAGAUAACAUAUAGCUUUUUUCCCUAUCAGAUAAUACUUUAUCCAAGCCCUGCGUUUAGGCAU